AUGGCAUAUCAGGAGCCGCCAGAGCUGAUAACAUUUGAUGAGCAAGUCGUUGAGUGUGAAGUUGAAAUUGACACAUUCGACGAGGAGGAAGAGAUUGUGGGAUAUGAAGAGAUUCAGACAACCAGUCAUUUGAGUUAUGCAGACGAAGACGUCCCAGGACCAUCUGGUUAUUAUAACCCUUCCCAUAAUCACCAUAAUCACCGUCAUCAUUAUCAGUAUGAGGAGGAAGAAGAAGAAGAAGUGGUUGUGGAUGAUAUGGAUCCGAACAAUGUGUAUUUGUAUGAUGAGGACACAUCCCAACUGCACCAAAUCGACGACUCCGGCCCCUUUCUAGACGAUUCCGAAGACAUUGUGAGCUACACGACGGGACCAUCAACGUCUUCAGAAUCCGUUUUAACAUCUUCUGAUAUUCCAUCGACGUCUUCUGGUCCUCCAGGCCCUUCCACCCCGUUCCAAGCCCAUCAACGAGGAGAAUUCAGAAGUGGACGCAUUCAGAAUCCCCAGAAUACGUACUAUAUACGAAAAACGCACGGAAUUGGACAACACCAUCAGCAGCAACCCGUCUACAGUCCUGUCACGUUUCAAACGCAAUACACAUGUGAGCCACUACCCGGAACCGCCGGAAAACGGGUCCUUAAACGAACCCACAUCGCAUUGUCGACCGAAGAAAUGGAGACAAUAAUGGAGGACACCCAGGUGAUGAAACGAAUCCAAUCGGAAAUCACACAUUUGAAAAAGACGAACGGCGAUUUGAAGAAGGACUAUGAGAAGGCGCAUCGAGAGUUUGAGGCGAUGAAUAUGGAAUGGGUGGAGGCGAAAACGAAGCAGAAGCAGGCGAAUGAGGAGAAGAGAGAGUUGGCGAAGGAGUUGGCGCAGGCGAGAAUGACCCAUACGCAAUUGCUGAAACAAGUCGCCCUCGCCAAUCAACCGGAAUAUCAGUUUCAUUGA